GAAAGAAUUUCGAAUCACAAUCGAGAUGAAGAUAUUGUUGCUAUCUCUUUUGUUUUGUCAGUUCGUAUAUGGAUUCGCUCAAAAAGAGUUCAAUUCGAUGGAAUUCAAGGCAAUGUUUGACAAAAAGGUGAACGAAGAAGAAAUCAGUAAGUUUACUUUUCCGGAAGAGGAUGGAUAUGUUGCCGGAAAACACAAUUCUUGUGGCAGACUCAAGCUUUUCUCGGGCCCUGAGGACAGAUGCUUCGCAAGUAAAGGCGAUACAUCAGGAUCUCCAAACGCUUGUGAAGACCAAAAAUGCACACAGAAAUCUGUUUACGGUUCAUCCAAAUGCAGAUCCCACGUCAGGCUACGCCGGCCUUACAGACACACUGGCGUAGAGUGCACGUUUCACCAGAAAGCUUGUGAAAACCAGCAUGAUAAUCGUGAAAUGUAUCCGGAGCCGGAAGAAGAAACUAAGGAGCGACACAUGUAUCCAGCCCCGGAGCCUGGCGAUGCAAAAAGCAUUGGUCCGAGACCCUGCCUCUGUCAAACCAUUUGGUGCAUGAAUGACAUAUACACGAUUUACGAAAAGGACGGUGAUUGUUACAAAGGCAAUGUUACUAUCAAGACUCCUUGCGGAUGUGAAUGCCGAAAGAAAAACAUAAUGUUCGAAUGGGGCUUCGUGUCAAACGUCUAACCGCAUGAGAUAUCCACGACAUGAAAAAAGCGAAAGAAAAUUUUGUGCAUUCUUCAUGUAAAU